GAGUAUCAAAUAAAUCCCCAGUCCCCGUAUCUUCCAUUUCCUCCGUUUUCUCUCUCAGAAACAUGGCAACGAACAGUCCUCCAAACCAAUCCGGGACGGUCCCGGUCUCUCUCUUAUCUCCAAUGGCUAUUCCUGAAGAACGGCCAUCAUCUCCCCAUCAGGCCUUUUUCUUCGUCCUGGCCCACUUCCGCUUGCGCGAGCUUUUCACCAUACGACAGGUCUGCAAGUCGCUGCGGCACGCCAUCGAUUCCGAUCCCCUCCUGUGGCUCGAUGUCUCCGUGGAGCCACCCCUCAGCUUCAAGAUCACCGACUCCACCCUCUUGGACAUCACGGCCAGGGCCCACGGACGGCUCAGAUCGUUGGUUUUGAUUGAAUGCAAGAAGGUCACUGAUGAUGCCCUCCGAAGAAUCGCCGAGAGCAAUCCUGGCAUUAGUAAGCUUUAUGUCCCAGGAUGUGUCAACAUAACUCCAGCGGGCAUUGUGAGAGUUGUGGGGAUGUUGGGCAACCUUAAGUGUCUAAGAAUCUACGGCCUCCUCAAUAUAACAAAAGAACAUCUCAACAGCAUCAGCGCUCUUCUCCAUGUGAACUCGAUCCGCCCGCCCAUGUUUUAUAACACCCUCCUCUCUUCACAACACAUUGUUGAUGACCAUCCGAUUGACGUGGACAUCUGCCCCAAAUGCAAGGAUGUGAGACUCAUUUUUGACUGCCCGAGAGAGCACUGCCGAGAAAUGAAGGGCAGGUUCCUCCCAUGCAGAGGUUGCUUCUUUUGCAUUGCAAGGUGUGAGGAGUGUGGCGGAUGCAUUGACUUUGAGGAUCUGGGAGAAGGGACGGUCUGCAUGCAUCUCUUGUGUUCAGAGUGCUGGCUCCGUCUUCCAAAAUGCAUGCUGUGUAAUAAGCCGAGUUGUAACCGGCAUUGCUAUCCUCACAUGGUUCACAGCGGGCCAGACGGGUUUACAUGUGAUCGGUGCAUUUCCAAACUGCAAAUUUCUCAGAAUUUUGAGGAGGGUAUGUUUGGUAACAGUAUAGGAUGAGAUUCCGAUAUUUUCUUGGGUUUGGCGGUAUGAAAUAUGGUGUGAAGUCAUCACAGGAUUCUGUAUCA